GGCUCCAGCACUUUGCUAAUGACGUAAUAUGUGGGCUGAACUUGAGUCUACUGAGGAGAGGAAAUCACUCUCGGGGUACUGUGCGGACAGUCUGUCAGCUGCGGCUGGUUACGGCUCCACGCUGCAGCCAGCACAGUCACAAUGCAUUCUCUGCUGGAUUAGAGUCGGUCUGCAGACAGCUCCAAAUUACACAGGUGGCCUGUCAAAAGAAGUUCCUUACUGCUUGGAUUCAACGAUCAGAAACAGAGAUGCAGUUGCCACUGAAGUCAGAGAUGAGUAAACGUCUACACUGAUCUGUUAGAGAGCAAGGGCAAGGACGCAAGCUUCCGGAUUCACUUUUGACCAGACACCAAAGACGCCGUGGUACAAGUUCAUUUCAAAAUGAAGGCUUUUGUUUGGACCCUAAGUGUGCUCCUCUUCCUACUGGGCACUGGUCAUUGCAAAGGAGGACAGUUUAAAAUAAAAAAAAUAACCCAAAGGAGAUAUCCCCGAGCAACAGAUGGUAAAGACGAAGCAAAGAAAUGUUCAUAUACAUUCUUGGUACCUGAACAAAAAAUAACAGGGCCGAUCUGUGUCAACACCAAAGGCCAAGAUACAGGUACUAUUAAAGACAUGAUCACCAGGAUGGACCUUGAGAACCUGAAGGAUGUGCUUUCUAGGCAGAAGCGGGAGAUAGACAUCCUGCAGUUGGUGGUGGAUGUGGAUGGGAACAUCGUGAAUGAAGUGAAGCUGCUGAGGAAGGAGAGCCGCAACAUGAACUCGCGAGUCACUCAGCUCUAUAUGCAACUGUUACAUGAGAUCAUCCGUAAGCGAGACAACUCCCUCGAGCUUUCCCAGCUGGAGAACAAAAUCCUCAACGUCACCACAGAAAUGCUGAGGAUGGCAACAAGGUACAGGGAGCUAGAAGUGAAAUACGCUUCCUUAACUGAUCUCGUCAAUAACCAGUCUGCGAUGAUCACUGUGUUGGAGGAGCAGUGCCUGAGGAUAUUUUCCCGACAAGACCCCCACGUGUCUCCCCCGCUUGUCCAGGUGGUCCCAAGACACAUUCCUAGCAGCCACCAGCAGUACACCCCUGGUCUUCUGGGAGGCAAUGAGAUACAGAGGGAUCCAGGUUAUCCCAGAGACUUACUGCCAUCUCCUGAUCUGGCAACAGCUCCCACAAAAAGCCCUUUCAAGAUCCCAGCAGUAAAUUUCAUCAAUGAAGGACCAUUCAAAGACUGUCAGCAAGCAAAAGAAGCUGGGCACUCAGCCAGCGGAAUUUACAUGAUCAAACCUGAGAACAGCAACGGACUGAUGCAGCUAUGGUGUGAGAACAGUCUGGAUCCUGGGGGCUGGACUGUUAUUCAGAAAAGAACAGAUGGCUCUGUCAACUUCUUCAGGAACUGGGAAAAUUAUAAGAAAGGGUUUGGAAAUAUUGAUGGAGAGUACUGGCUUGGACUGGACAAUAUCUAUAAGCUUAGUAACCAAGACAAUUACAAGCUGCUGAUUGAACUAGAAGACUGGAGCGAUAAGAAGGUGUAUGCGGAAUACAGUAGCUUUCGUCUGGAACCUGAAAGUGACUAUUACAGACUGCGCCUGGGAACGUACCAGGGAAAUGCAGGGGAUUCUAUGACGUGGCACAAUGGUAGACAAUUCACCACACUGGACAGAGAUAAAGACAUGUACACAGGAAACUGCGCCCACUUUCAUAAAGGAGGUUGGUGGUACAAUGCCUGUGCACACUCUAACCUCAAUGGAGUAUGGUACAGAGGCGGUCAUUACAGAAGCAAGCACCAAGAUGGAAUUUUCUGGGCUGAGUACCGAGGUGGGUCAUACUCCUUGAGGGCCGUACAGAUGAUGAUCAAGCCUAUUGACUGAAGACAUACAGUCUCCAACCAAAGGUCACAGAACUUCACUUUUCAGUUCCCCAAAUGUAAACAUUAUAUGUUACUUUGCACAAUUUAGUUAUAAAAGUACAGUUUGUAAAAUAAAUUGUACUGUAACUGUAAGAAUGUAUCUGUGAAUUCAAUUCCAUUUUCCUUCAAUAUGCUACAGAAAAUUAUCUGUAUGCAAAUUCUUGUUAUUUUUAAAGUUAUAUUGACUGAAUACAGGUAAAUGUAAAUAUCUAGCAUGAUGUAAAACAAAUCCUAGCUUUAUUUUGAAUUAAAUCCAAAUACAUGUUCAAGAUA